CGGCUGACGCCUCGGCGUCUCUGCGACCCGCGCGGUUGCCAUGACGCCCGAGGCUCCCUAGGCACCUGCUGCGGGCGGCCGGGCGACCAGGGGCUCGCCCGUCGCGGGGUCCUGGGCUUCCCGCCCGGGCCUCCGGGAGAAGAGCGACUCCUCGCGCGACCCUCUCACCGUCCAUCCCCGCCGCGGCUCUCCCCAGCAUGGGAGCGAGUGACCCCAGGUCCAGGGCCAGAGCCUCUCCCGGCCCGGCCCUGCGAGCCCCGGGUCCGAGUCCCUGGGCCUGAAGAGGCUUCCCGGCGUGUGGGACCAGGCGGCCGCUGCCCCGGAGCGCGGGCGGCGCGUCUUCGGCGUGUAGGGUUGAAAAUUAUGCACACCAUGUUUGGAACUUAACAGAGGAAAGAGAACAUUUUCUCAUGGUUAUGAAAAGGAAAACAAGCAUCUUAGACAUGAGUUUAAAGACCUCCAACUUAAACAGGUCCCAUAAUGAAGACUCGGGGAAAGAUGAGUCACCACAAAGACAUGUGCAACAAGCAGUACAAAGGUUAACAAUAGCUCAUGAAGAGAUCCAAAGACUCACUAAUGAACUCCAAGAGAAGGAGAAAGAACAGAGUAAAUUAGUCUCUUACCUAGGGGAGCUUUUUCCUCCUGACAUGAUGGGAGACCCACCAGCCAUUUCACUGCUGAUGAGAGGCCCAAGGAGGCAGAGCGAUAAGCCUGGAUUGGAGAACUCACACCCAAAUUCUGCGCUUGAGACAUCUCGACUAGAAAUUGAAAAAUUAAAAGAAAAUUUGAUAAAACUGAAAGAAAAAGGGUUACUAACGCCUGGUGGUACUCAGAGCACUUCACCACAUGGGUGCCGGGAUCAAACCCGGGUUGACUGCAUGCAAGAUUCAGCUGGCCUACAGAAAGCAAAAGAACAUAAUCAGAGACUGGAUGAGGAAAUUCUGGCUUUACGAAAUCGGGUUCGAUCACUUGACUCAGAUAAAAAAGUGCUUGAAGAAGUAGUUGAAAGACUUAAAGGAGAGCUUUGUGAAUUUCAAGAGAAUAAACUACUUGGAAAUCACUCCCCUGGAAGAACUGUGACAGUUACACAGAGGGAAGAGUGUCCGCCAUCAGAAGAAAAACUGAAACAACACCAGCAAGAGGAAGUACAACAACUACGCCAGAAUUUGCACCGGCUGCAGGUACUAUGCAACUCAGCUGAAAAAGAGCUUCGAUAUGAAAGAGGGAAGAACUUGGACUUAAAGCAACAUAAUAGCUUACUUCAAGAAGAAAGCAUUAAGAUCAAAUUUGAACUCAAGCAGGUCCAGCAGAAAUUAUUAGACAGCACAAAGAUGUGCUCUUCACUCACAGCAGAGUGGAAGCACUGUCAGCAGAAAAUUAAGGAGCUGGAGCUGGAAGUACUUACACAGGCUCAGAGCAUUAAAUCACACAACAACCUACAGGAAAAGCUGGCUCAGGAGAAAUCUAAAGUUGCUGAUGCAGAGGAAAAGAUACUGGAUCUGCAGCAGAAAUUAGAACAUGCUCAGAAAGUUUGCAUCACAGACACUUGUGCUCUGGGGAAGAAGCAACUUGAGGAGAGGAUAAAAGAAGCAAUAGAAAAUGAAGCUAGACUAAAGCAGUGCUAUGAGGAAGAGCAACAGAAGAGGAAACUCCUAGAUCAGGAUAUUGAUGAGCUGCAAAAGCAAGUGAGAAUCUCACAGAACAGAGAGAAUGAACUAAAAAAGAUCAGUUCUCAGCAACAAGCCCAGAUAAGACAACAAGAAGCCCAACUUAAACAACUGGAAAAUGAACAAAGAAUAUCCAACAAGUAUCUCAAGAGCAACCAGAAAUUGUCAGAGAAGCUUUCUGGGUUGCAGCAAGAGAAGGAAGCUCUGUUUGAAGAAUAUGGGCAGUUUUUGAAGCAGUUCGAUCUCUAUGUGAGAACCUACAAUGAGAAACAUCACCACCAAAAAGCCAAGCUGCACAGAGUCAAGGAUCGUUGGGCUCAGGAUGUAGAACAACGAGAUGAGAGGAUCAAACUACUUGAAAAUGAAGUUGUUGUCCUACGACAACAGUAUGGAAAGGAGAAGGCAUUCCAGGACCAAGUCACUUCCCAAAAUAAUACUCUGCUCCUAGAAAAUGAGAAACUUCUGGAGCAACUCACAGAGAAGGAUGAAUUGAUCCACAGUAACAAGUGGGUAAUCACAUCUGUCCAGAGCAGAGUAUUCUUCCUGGAUAAAGAAAAUAAGCAGUUGCAAGAGAACAGUCUGCGGCUCACCCAGCAGGUGGGUCUCUUGGAGCGCAUUCUGCGGAGCAUGCAGAUCCGCACAGGAGAGGAAGCAAUUGGUCAUAUACCUGAAUUUGAACAUCUGGCUAGAAACUUUCCCUUUUCAAACUCCAGUUUUUCAGGAAGAUGCUUGAAAGAAUCAGUUGAGAGUCUCCAAGAGGCUGAAGAUCAAAAGCCAGAAGAUGCAAUGACAAACGUCAAGUCCUGUGUAGGUCUUUUGGCUUCCCAGAGUUCUGAAACUAGCUGUAUUAACAUGGCUUCUCUGAAUGAGACAAAUAUCAUCCAAGAACAAGACAAAAAGACAGAGCUAUAAAAAACCACUAAUCUCUAAAUCUAGACUGAUUAGAGCAACUAACUUAAAGUCUUGGUAAGAAGGUGAAACAAGACAUGGAGAAUAUUCACAGGAUCCUAUUGGACCAGUAGUUUACAAAAUUGUUUUUAUACUCAUUAAAUCAGUUCUUAAAAUGGA